AUGGCAGCCAAAUUAAACGAAGAAGCACAAGCAGAAUUUAGAGAAGCAUUCACUCUUUACGAUAGUAAUAAAGAUGGUAGAUUAGAAGCUGCUGAAUUAGCAAACGUACUUAGAUGGUUGGGUCAAAAUCCAUCAACUUCAGAAGUCAAUGAAAUCAUCAAAGAUUUUGGUUCUGGAGGUUCAAUGACAGUCGAUGGAUUAUUCAACUAUUUGGGAAGAAAGGUAGUCGAUGAUUUUGAUGAAAAGGAAAUUAUUGAAGCAUUCCAAGUAUUCGAUAAGGAUGGUAAAGGUAUGAUUGGUGCAUCCGAGUUAAGACAUAUUUUAACAAAUCUUGGUGAUAGAUUGAAUGAAGAUCAAGUUGAAGAAAUGUUAAAGCAAGCUGUUGGUGCUGGUGAUGGUGUUAUUAGUUAUCAACCAUUUGUUACCAAUAUGUUAAAGAAAUAA